AUGGCAAAAAACGAUGACAAUCGCGAAUUACUUGUGGUUGCAAUCGAUUUAACUCCUGUUUGGUGGGGCACCUACGCCCAUGAAAACCUCAUCCUCCCUACCUUUAUCGAAUCUAUACUUGCCUUCGUUAAUGUCCACCUGAUGCUCUCGCCUCUGAAUGAGGUUGCAAUUAUUGGUGUGACUCCCGAGCGCACGGAAUUUCUCUGGCCUUCACCAACCCCCAUCGAAGAAUUUGAACUCCAGCCCUCUCAAUAUGGCCAGUAUGAAGCCCUCACCGUCCUCGGGGAAACAGUUAGACGAAAAGUAAACAAACUAGUCUCCUCGUGCGAAUCGCUUAACUGUACUGUAACAUUCUCGGGCGCUGUGAUCAAGGCCCUGUGCUAUUUCAUGCGUCGCUGCCGAGAACUACGCCCUACUGUUGCGCUUCCAACCAAUUCUGAGUCGACCACUGUAGGGGACGACUUAGGUAGUCUACUGAGGGACAAUUUCCAUGCAAGGAUUCUUGUUGUGCGUGCAGCUGAAGACACUGCCGCGCAGUACCUCGCCCUCAUGAACGCCGUGUUCACCGCGCAGAAGUUGAGAGUGCCGAUCGAUGCCUGCAUAAUUCCCCCGACUACGAUGUCGCACAACACCGAUGACCCCCUGCGACAGUCGUCUACAACGCUGCAAGAAGCAAGCCAUUCAAGCCUGUUUCAACAAGCAGCAGAUCUGACAGGUGGCAUCUAUCUGCGAGUCCCCCGUCCGGCUGGUCUACUUCAGUACCUCAUAUCAGUCUUUCUUCCACGGAGUGGUUUACGGUCACAGUUGAUUUUGCCGGACAGUCGAAGUGCGUCUACAGGCGUGGACUUUAGAGCUGCGUGUUUCUGCCAUCGAAAGUUGGUCGAUUUGGCUUACCUACAAGGGCCAGAGAUGCAUUCCAAGGCGUGGCACAUAAUGAGCGGAAUGGGUUACGAGGCGGGCAAGGGCCUGGGCGCCAUGUCGCAGGGUCGCACCGAGCCUGUGACCGUGCAGACCAAACACGACCGUCGCGGUGUUGGCGGGGGUGCCGGCAGUCACCUGCGCGACUCCACGACCGGCGACUUUCCCCGUGGACCGCACGCGUGGACCGAGGAGACCGAGGAGGUGAAGGUGGACGGUGACCUUGUGUACGAGUGGUCAAGGUGGACUGGGGAAAAGGACGUCGACGAUCUUCCCCACCUGGCGCUCGAAGGCAUUCAAGGCGGCAUCCUUCCUCCAACCUCUCCUGACGCCCUCGGUCCCCCGGUGUGUGAUCUGGGAACCCAGACUCGCUACUGCUCCUCGGAAUUGCUUCAGGAGGUGCUGCAGUACAAGAAUUGUUUGGAUAAUAUGCCUCGCGACCUGCUCACCAGUGCUCGCAUUCGCAGUAACCCCUUUGAGGAAAUCAGGAAAGGCAUCUUUAUGAACAGGGCCGCGAUGAAAAUGGCAAACAUGGAUUCGCUCACAAAUGGCCUCUUCUCUCAGGCGGCUCCUCCUCAUUUUUCGCGCUCGCCUCUUGGUGCUCUCAAGUCCGAAGUCGUCAGCGUUGUCGACGCCGUAAGCGUCACACAAGAUCGUUUUCCUGCAUUCAAUCAGGAGCUCACGGUUAGGGAUGCACGGUCUCCACCGUACUGCGUACUUACCUUCGACGAGGUAGCCUUGUUCCUGCAAACACCUGCUUCUAGUUUAGUACCAAUUGUGGCCUUCGAGGGCAGCCGCUUCUUCUCCACAUUGCAGGAGAUUUUGCACUUCGCCGACAUCUGCGCAGGACCUGGCGGCUUCUCUGAAUACCUGACGUGGCGUCGUGGUGCCUCGGCGUUGGCGGCAGCUGAAAGCACAACCGGCAACUCGGCGGCCGCCCUCUUCCCCCGCGUCCGCGGCUACGGCAUGACCUUGAGUGGGUCCUGCGACUUCCGACUGGACAACUUCCUUGCUGGACCGGCCGAGGUCUUUAGGCCGUUCUACGGCCCCAAGCAAGACGGCGACAUCACCAGUUGGGCGAACUUGGAGGGGUUUGCUAAUUUGAUCCACAAAAACACCGACGGCCGAGGUGUGCACGUGGUCAUGGCGGACGGGGGAUUCGACGCCUCCAGUGGUUAUAAUUUGCAGGAGGUGCAAUCAAAGCACAUCUACCUGUGCCAGUGCCUCUGCGCGCUCACGCUUUUACGCCCAAGUGGGAGCUUCGUGACCAAACUGUUCGACGUCGUCACAGACUUCAGCGUCGACUUGAUCUGGCUCAUGAGCCACGUCUUCAAGAAGGUCUCAUUAAUCAAACCGGUCACCAGUCGGCCAGCCAACUCUGAACGGUACCUUUUGUGCGAAGGCCUCAUCACCUCCAGCAGUGGCAUGGCUGGGUGUCCUAGAGCCCCUUCGAAGGCAUCUUCAUCCGAUGGCAGAGCAGAACCCGCUGUGAAUGAAGGCGAGUUCAAACGAAGACCCAGGGGGUUAAAGGUGGACUACUCGUGCGGCUACUGUUACCCUUCUACGCCUGCACACACUCACGGGACGGAAUCUGGUCAAUUUGACUCGACGUCAGCCGUGGGGACGCUGAUUCAGCACUUCCUGGCGGUCAGCGAGGAGCUGCAUGCCAGAUCAACCGGUGAAUCGACAGCCUCUAACCAGGAAUGCUUGGAUGUGCUGCGAUUGGCUAGCGAUGCAGCUCUCUGCAACGACACCGGAUUUAAAACAUUCAUUACAAACGCGAAUGACAAAAUCGCCGAAAACCAGUGCAUUUACCUCACAAAAUUGCUCACUUACGCCCAGGACGCGACCCUUGAGGACACCAACCAAAAGUCAAUCAGGGAUGCGUGUCUAGCGAAGUGGAAAGUACCUUCCGUCGAGAGACAUUCAGUGCCUUGGCCGCUGUGGCCUUCAAAUAUCCACAAAGUCCUAGAUAGUAUCAUCGGCAACCCCGGUCACAGAAUAUGCGCAUUUCAGAAUUUCCCAAGGACCUUCAGCCCCGAACUCCUGCCAGACGACUUAAAACGUCCGAGCAAAGUUCCUGCGUUCUCGCCUGCCGACUUGUACCGCCGUGACUUCAACCAGCUCUCCAUGCUCGCCCUCGUCCUCGCCGCCCCCCAUCUAAACGGCUCAAACGAGCUGCCGCGACCAAUGAUGGUCCUGUCGUGCGGUGUCUCGUCACAGUUUGAGCGGACCCAUUUAAACGGCUCACGAGCUGCCGCGACCAAUGAUGAUCCUGUCGUGCGGCGUCUCGUCACAGGUACGCACCGCGCAUCAACGGGUGAUUGGUUGAAAUGCGAUAUCCGGGCGGUUUUCGUGACCCUGUUGCAGUUUGAGCGGACCCAUUUAAACGGCUCACGAGCUGCCGCGACCAAUGAUGAUCCUGUCGUGCGGUGUCUCGCCGCAGGUACGCACCGCCCAUCAACGGGUGGUUGGUUGACGUCCUGUAGACUGAAAUACACCUACGAUGGAAGCCAGUGGGACGAGUUCUCCAACAGUCUUCUGCACUUCAACCCUCGCCUGCCUGCGGCAAGUCUCGUCUGGGCGCUUCCAGUUAACACGUACUGUCAAUGUGGUCUUCGGCGGUCUGCACUAGUGGUACUAGACGCCGCCUUCCUCUACGGUGUCGAUCUUCGCUCCCUCCACUAUCAACAGCGAAUGCGACACGUCCGUAAGCUGUGUGAGGUUGCAAACUUCGUGGGCGAAAGUCGAGCCAAACUGAUCGCACCACCCCUGAUACCGCUGGCCGAACUCUCCUCCUACAUGAAACAGCUGCCAGUUAGGUCCUGCAGAGACCAGCCCGUCCCCGCCCCCAUGUUGACCACAGACUUCGGAUCCAGUUGCAUCCCGGAAAGCCUCAUUCUGGUGCACCAUUUGGGCGGUCCAUGGAUUGUGUGCAGGAGCCGAUCUACCAACUGUUUCUACUACUUCAACGUGAACACCCAAGAGUCCACGUAUGAGUUGCCUCCAGACGCCGCCUUGUCUUUCAGGUGGGCGACUGCGAACCACCCGUUCUACCUUGACCCAGCACCGAUUUUCUGCUUUAGAGAAACGCGCUUCUUCAGCGUCGACUGGAAAGGCAAUUCUCGCGACGACUUCGACGCAGCCAAACUGGCCGCCAUAUUCGGCCACAUUCCAACAGCCGUGCAGUUGGGCAUUUCUGGCGUUUCCGCGAUGCACGCACGCACGCACCUCCGCGUGUUGCUGGUUUGUGAUUGGUCAGCCACCUGGAUACCCUCUGAUUGCGCGAAGGCUCCUUCUGCGUCCCCUCCCCCCAUCCCCUCCGACCGUCUUCUUAGAGGAUGGCAGCGGCAGCGGCAGCGGCUUCCGCGUAGUCUUCCACAUCCAAAUUGA